AUGCGCUACUCUUUGAUCAAUGGCAUACUCCUCCUGGCUGUCUCGCCACUGACCGCGCUCGCCCUCCCGGUCGACCCCAAUGACCAGUCUGGUGUCUGGGACCCCAGUGGUCAGUACCGCAGGGGUCACUAUGUGAAUGGCCAAUUUGUUCCUAAUUCUGGAUCCGAAUACAACAAUGGCCAGUGGAAUAAUGGCCAGAACAAUAAUGACGGCCAGUACCAGAAUGGCGAGUACAACAACGGUCAAUACAACAACGACCAGUAUAACAAUGGCCAGUACGGCAAUAAAAAUGUCAACACCGAAUACAAUAACGGUGAAUACAACGACAACGGCGAGUACAACCGCUACCAGCGCCGUGGCAUGAGCGCCCGUCCCUUUGGCAAUGGUCGUCCCCACGUCGGUAUUCCUGGCGCUGGUAUCCCCGGCCUGAAUGCUCGCAGCUGGCCCUAUGACAGCAACCAGCAAGGUGGCUGGACCAAUGACAAUGGCCAGUGGCACUCCAACAACGACCAGAAUGGUUGGACUGGUGCCAAUGGUCAGUGGCACUCGAACACUCAGAACGACCAGAAUGGCUGGUACGACAACAACGGCCAGUGGCAUGCUAACGCGAAGCGAGGUAUUGGGCUUCCUGGCGUCGGUCUUCCUGGUGUCCAUGGCGUUCCCACUGGUAACGACCGAUUGGAAAAUGCUGCUGCGUCUGCUCUCCACGUCCGCUGGAACCGCCCCGAGAACUACGAUGGAAACGAUGGCUACUACAACAAUGAUGGCGACUAUAACAAUGAUGGCUACUCUCACAACAGUGAGAGCGAGCGCGAGCGUGAACGCGAGGAAGACCGUGAAGACAACCGUGAGGAUGCUGCCGAUGCCGCUCAGGCUGCCACCUCUGUGAUCAACAACCUGAAGGCUCGCAACUACCCCAACGAUGAGUACCAUAACGGUGAGUACAACAACAACGGCUAUUACCAGAAUGGUGAAGGGGAGCAUGAGCAUGAGCGGGAAGAGGAUCGCGAGGAAGAUCGCGAGACGGCCGCCGAUGUCACCUCCACCGUCCUUAACGGACUGAAGGCUCGUGAGAGCAGCAAUGAAGACGCGAUGUACAGCACUGGCUACCACGACGACAUUCAUGGUCGCAACGGCCGUGAGGCUAUUGCUAAUGUCCUGACAUCGACCCCUACCGUUCCUGUUCCCGUCAAGCGCUGGUGGCCAUUCGCUUCUGGCUUCAACCGCAACAACGACAACUACAACAACGACGAAAAUGACAACUAUGGCUACCAGGACAAGUGCAAGAGCAAUGACGAGGAAGACCGCUCUGGCUGGGAUUGUCGCCAUGACUGGGACGCUAACCGCCACUCCACUCCUACUCCUCGUGUCUGGGCUCGCAACUACCCCAACGACCAGUACAGCUCGAACUACCCCCAGGCUACCCCUGGUGUUCAGAAUGGAAACUAUUACAGCUACAAGAACUACGGCUCUUACCAGAACUACCCUACCAAUGGCCAGACUCAGGACCAGAACCUCAAGGCCGCUGGUGGUGAGCAGCAGUAA